AUGGGUCGAAUCAGCCCUCUAGUGAUGGCGACUCCCGUAUCGCGAGCGCCCUGGUGGGAGACCUGGCUCAAGUCUCUUCAACGUUUAUGGUGGACAAGUGAACAAGCAUCAAGACCGCUAAGGCGCAUAUACGCGAGAAAUUUUUUCGUCUCGACAAUUCCUGCAGCCGAUGUCCUUGCUAGCCCUCAUAGCGAGCGAAUACGGAAGACAAUUUGGUUCGUCAGUUGUGUACCCCUAAUAUACCUCACCCUCAAUGAUCUUAAUGGCGUUCUGAAUGAAUACAAUAAACAUCCUGUAAUUUACACGUAUGAGUAUCAAACCAAUAAUACGCUGACUUUUCCUGACGUGACAAUAUGCAACGUAAAUCAGUUUGUGCGAAAUCGUUUCUGUGACAGAUCUGGUCCAGCAUGGAGUCAAGUGGACGCCGUCACACCAGCACCCGAACAAACUGCCGGAGAUGGCGAUGAGAAAUCAUCAACUAAAUGGAGCCCAUUUUGCGAGCAGAAUCAAAGGACUAAAAUACUAUGCGAAUACCUCUGUGGUUAUUCUGAAACGGUUCCGUCUAGCAUGACCCGCUCGAUGGGUUAUUUGACCCAGUGGAUUAAGAAAAUGAGUGCCCUUGGAAACUUUACGCAAAACUUGUUAUACGACAUGGGUCACUCUCUCAAGGAUACAAUUGAUAAGUGCAGCUAUGCGACGAACACCGAGUGUGGUGAGGGCUCACCUGAGGACUUUUUCAGCCUGGACAUCAAUGACAUUUACGGGCCAUGUUUCUGCUUUCAUUGCAUAGAAACUCAACAUCCUGACUACUAUAUCUAUGGGACGUUAUCUUCGCCCCUCAGUGGACUUGUCCUCACUCUCAAUACAGAACUGGAAGAGUACUUUAAUCAUUCACGAGAAGUGGGCUUUGUUGCUAUGAUCCACGAACACGGUAAAAAGUACUCGCUGGGGUCCGAUGCGAUAUUCGUUCCGCCUGGCUAUAGUACAUACAUAGGCCUCGAGAUGUCACAGAGCACCAGUUUGGAGAAGCCCUAUGAAAACCCGUGUAUUCGCGAAUGGCCCGAAAUGUUCAUGUCGGAGAAUUCUGUUGUCGAGGAAGGUGUGGAGCGCACGUCGUACAUGCGGGAGGACUGCCUUAACUACUGUUUAGUGUCGUUGAUGAUUGACAAGUGUGCCUGUAUUCCUAGUGACGUUUCGGUCAAGAUCAACAGCCGGAAAGUGGAAGACUUCAAAUACUGCUCUGGCUCAAAAUUGAAAUGCUACAAAAAAAUUAAAGCGCAAUACUCUCGUUACAAGCUCGAGGAAAGGUGCGGCUGUCUACAAGAGUGCGUCCUAAAAUUCUAUCGGACGGAUGUGUCAAUUGCUAAUUUCAUUCCAAAUGCAACUUCUGUUGAGUAUAAAGAAGGCGGUCUCGAACACCGAAUGGCACAAGCCCGACUCGUUGUCCAUUUCCAUUCGUUCACCUAUGAGCAUGUUCGAGCAAUGCCCAAAUAUACGUCGGUGCGCGUUCUGGGCACGAUCGGCGCCAUUAAUGGAAUGUACAUGGGAAUAUCGUUUUUCGUCAUUUAUCAGACGCUGGAUAUCCUUAUAUUCAGCACGUAUGACUACUUGCAAAAACAACGUCAACCCCAGAUCGAAUACUCUAAAACAAACUCUACCGCAAUCCAAGUUCUCAGCGCCGAGCUGUGCAGUCCAAGGAACAAGGUCAACUCUCUGCAGUCGCAUGCCCGGCCGAUCAUAACCGGGCGUAAAAUACUAUCCAGAACUUAGCUAAAUAUACCUACUACCUGAACAAACUAAAAAUACUACCUAAACAGAGGUAAACGAAGUUGGAGAAAAAGAAGAACUAGUGAAUGGCAAGCGCAUCGUCACAUUGUGAAAAUAUAAGGAGACGUGAUUUGGCACCCCUUAUUGUCUUAUCGUUGCUUGAUACUCAUAAGAUAUUUUAAAAUGUGUCGGUUAAAAUGUACCGUUGGUUGCGGGGAAAUGGUAAACUACUGCUUAUCUGUUUAAUGUUAGAUCGAGACUGCUAUGUGUGGUAUUUUUUGACUUUUUUUUUUUUGACUGCAUGUUAGGUUAAGCGAAAUUCUACAAUAUUAGAAAGUCUGUUGCACACUACGAUGAUGUUUCUUUCAGUAUAAUUUAUUGGGAUCCGUAUGAUGUAGGAAUACUGAAAUUAAAGUUCUGAUUUAUGAGAUUCGUCAGUUAAUUAAUGAGCGAGGCUUCGUUUUUAUGAUUAAAUGUAUCACUGAAUUAUCAGCUUCUUUGGCAACGUUCAACUUUAUCUUCUAAAAUAGGGUCGAGACGUCAAUCAUCGAAAUAGCUGCUAAUAGAACGUAUGGUUUUCAAUCAUCUACCAGACAGCUUGCGAAUUUCUUACAGUAAAAUCCAACUUUGUCAGAUUGAAAUAGUUUAUAAAUUAUACAUCGACCUAAAUUAGCCAAAAUUGACAAAUAAGUCUUUUGAGGGGGGGCUUUCCAGCCCGAUCGAGAAAUAUUUCCGCGAGCCGUUAGGGCAAUGUGGGACAUUAUGAUU